AGAGGCGAGAUAAAGACAUUAAAGUAUAGGGAAGUUUCUUGUUUCUAAUGAAGAUAAUUAUAAGGCUUUUUUUUUUUGGUGAAUGAUGUAAAACAAUAUUGCAUGACAGUUUCAUGUUUAUACAAUCUUUAUAUGAUAAUAAACGUCAGCUGUCCGUUCACCUAUAGCCCGUUAACUAUAUAUUCAUUAAUAAAUAACGAAGUCAGGUAUUUUGUCCCGUCUGUGCAUACUUCGUUACUAAGGUUAUAAAUUUCAUCGCCGAAACCGACACACAUGGUACAGUAACUGGGCAUUUCAUGUCGGAACAUUUUCUUUUAAAAGAUACCAUAUGGCUUAAUAUAAAUUUUGUAAAAAGAAAAUCGUUUGGAAAAUAUUGUGAUUUUACGCAAAAAAUACAUUGGAAUAAAUAAGUUAAUGUAGCCGACAAUGGAGUGUUGAAAUCAUCGCGUAUCACCAUGGUUAAUUCAGAUGCUUGGUUGAAGAUUGAGGCACCACCCACUUGACAAGGUCUGGAAAAGAUGCGAAAAUAUCAAACAUGCCUGGUGAUAUUACUUAGUAUUGUUCUGCAAGCGUCUACCAUGAUACAGAAGGUUGAUAUGCCUAGAGGCUUGCAAGGUUACUUCAAUGGAGCGAAACUUCAACAUAAUGUGUCAGAUGUAACAGGGGAACAGAUUUUCUGGGAAUGCAUGCAAAGAGUCAUGUGGCAAAUGGCAGACCAAAUUGGCCACAAUGUCACGAGGGAAACACGUGAUUAUUUGGAUCGUCUGCUGCAAAUCGCGGUCGAUUCAAUUGACACACAGUUCCCGCGAAUUAGGAAAGAAUACCGUAUGAUGUCGGAUGCUGAAAGAGAUAGAUUUCAUAAAGCUAUACUUGCUUUAAAAGAAGAUACGACACUGAAGCCUAAUGUUUACACAGCGAUAGCCGAACUGCAUGCCGGGGAGGUCAUACCAAUGGCGCAUUUUGGAGCAGGAUUUCCAGGCUGGCAUCGUGUUUUCCUUCUAAUUUUUGAGACAGCUCUUAGAAUGAAAGACCCUUCGGUAUCUAUUCCAUACUGGGCGUCCAAUCUAGACAAUGAAAUGGACGAUCCAACAAUGUCAGUGGUUUGGUCGGACAAAUUCUUUGGCAACGGAGAUGGUUUUGUUACUAUUGGCCCGUAUGCUGAUUUUAAGGUAUACAGUUCUGGUUCAAUACUUACGCGGAAUAUAGGCUCAUCCGGGACGCUAAUGACUAAUGAAGGUAUACAUGGAAUAUUGUCUCAGAAUCAUACGAGAGACAUUGUAAGCCCAACGGCUCCACAGAGUCACAAUCUAGAGCUGCAGCAUAACACGGUGCACGUGUGGAUGGGGGGUAAUAUGGAUGACCUCAGUACGAGCGCCGAGGACCCCGUGUUCUUCUUGCAUCAUUCUUUCAUUGACUAUCUUUGGGAGGAGUUUCGAACGAGACAAAAAAUGUUAGGGAUUGAUCCGGAAAUGGAUUAUCCUAUGGAAAAUUGGGGAGGCGACGCGCAUGCGCCGGAAUCUAUAAUUGGAUUUGGUGAUUUAAGAAAUGUUGAUGCUCUGAGUAAUGUAUUAGCAAACAUGGUUAAAUAUGAUCCAUCACCGGUAUGUACACGUUCUCAUCCAACUUGUAUAUCUAAAUAUCUCAGAUGUGAUACUUCGAAAUCACAUCCAAUUUGUGUCAGUUUGUCACGUGAAGAAAUUAAUGGAAACAAAGCUCGUGAUAACGAAAUAUGUGUUGAAGCACAACUCACACGAGCUGUACAAAAUACUUUUGCAAUAAAUCAGUACUGUGAUAUGAGGAAGUGGUCAUAUAUCCCUGUGAAAAUCGUGCUACAACGACCACCUGAAUUCACAAAUUAUAAAGCAUAUCCUGUAUACAACAAUAGACCUGUAACAACAUCUGAUGUGUUCUCGACAAUUUCCAUUAAUAAAACAAUUAGUGAAAGACUUGCAGCAUAUCCUAACUGUAGACGCACGAGCUCCGUGGCUCGUAAAAUAUAUGUUGAAUCAUAUGGUUUAAAUUAUUAUGGUAAAUAUAAAGACUUUACCAUUCUUGAUCAGAGGCAUGCCCUGUCUUCAUCUGUUACUUAUCUUGGUGUUAAAAGUCCAGAUUCAAACUUCACAGAUGUGAUUGUGUAUGCUUUUGAUUAUUGCGGGAGAACUUGUAGACCAUUCUGUCUUGAUAGGUCUGUUAACCCGCCAAAAUCUUCACCAUGUGCCGGUGUUAUACGAAUUACUCCUGAUAAGCCUAAAAUGUAUGGUGAUAAUUAUGCUGAGGCUGUGAACGGCGUGUGGAGUGCUGAGCACCCAGAUGAUUUACCAAGCGAAGCACAGAACCCCUAUUUUAUAACUUUUUAUUGCGACUAUUCUGGCGUCUGGCCGUGGGAUGAAGCUUUCCAAAGAGAGAAUGCUCGUGGGAGAAAAAAUAGUCCCAAACAAACUUUAAAAUCUGAACCUGUGUUACGUGAAAGUAGUUCCGUUAAAGACGUUGUUAAAAAGCCAAUGCCAGUUGUUCGGAAAAUAAACCCUACAUUACGCGCAGGUGCGAAGAAAAUUAGAGAAAGAAUAAUUAGUAAAUCACCUAGAAGGAUUACAAUAAUAAAAGCUAGGCCGAAAAGGCCAAAACUCGCGCCAACUACACCUAGACCUUCCACGAAACAUAUACCUGUACCUAGUGUUAUGGUUAUAGAUUUGUCGUCUGCUACUAGAAAACCACCAGGAACUCAGAAACAAACACAAUUUCAUAAAUUAUAUGGCAAAACACGUGCGAUAUAUCCAAAAAGAGUGCAUUUGCCUGAGAAAAGACUUUUUACUCAAAGAGACAUCCAUCUUGAAUUCCAGAGACAACAAGGAACAUCCAAUGGCAGAUUUCCUAUAAGAGAUCAGUGCCGGUUAAAUCCUAGUUGUUUCCUGUCUGUACCGUGUUCACCUUGCCAGCAUAAAACCCGGAAACAGUGUAGAUCUCCAAGUCGCCUUGUUGCUAUUUGUGUCAACGGCAUAUAUAUGCUCGAACCUAUUUACUUCAACUUCAUGGGAUAGGCUCUUUCAGAUCGUCCUGCUGGCGUAUAAACUUAUUUAAAAUAUUGAUUUUGUUAUUAUGAACUCACCGAAAUUUCAAUAUCCUGAUACUUUGAAUUUCAAAUUGGUGGAAAAAAGAAAGAAAAUUACUAAUCAAAAUAAUAAUGGUAAAGAUUUUGUCUGUUAUAUUGAGCAAUAUUUUUAUUGGUGUUCCUGCUUUUGAUAUUUUGUCGUUAUUUAAAUAAAAAUAGAAUUGCUGCGUUAUUUUUCUUACAAGUUGUGUUAACAUUGAUUAGAACAUGUGAAAAGAUUCGUGAUAUAUGAAUAGUGAUAACUAAUAUCCAAUCGGGAUUUGGGGGGUCAUGAACCCGACCCCUG